AUGGCGGCCGCCGUUGCUGUUGCCAGGGCGCGGGGGUCCCGCGGCGGCGAUGGCGGCGGGGCCCGCCCCAGCUGCGGAGGCCGCGCUGGAAGUGAGUUGGGUUCAGGGAUUCUCAAACAAGAACUUGGCCUUUGUCAACAAUCAAACUGUCUGCUACCCUUGUGGUAGCUACAUCCUCUUCCUGGACAUCAAAACGAAGAAGACAAGAGCAGUGCAGUGCCAGAGUGGCCAGGUGGGAGCCUUUGCAGCAAAUGCCAGCAGUCAAGUGGUGGCCUUCUCCGACCGGAAGCUGAAUCCCCUCAUACACAUCUACACUUUUCCAGAUCUGAGUAAACUGACAGAAUUAAAAGGUGAUGUUCAGCUGGACUAUACCUUACUUGCAUUUAGUUUUAGAGGCCCAUAUCUGGCCAGUUACUCUUCAAUCCCAGAGUUUGUUCUUUCAGUAUGGAACUGGAAAGAAAAUAUCCUCCUGUGCAGUAAGUCUCAGCCAGGGAUAACAGGAACCUCUCUGAGUUUUAACCCCAUGAAUUGGCAGCAGCUGUGUUUUGUUGCUGAGAGCUCUGUUACCAUCUGGCGUGUUGAAAGGAGCAAGGAUGAGCAUCACCUUACAGGACACCCUGUGGAACUCCCUGAUGAUUGUGGGGUCGUGAGUCCUCGUGAGGAAUUGUUUUUCCCACCUUCUCGUAAUGAUGAUCCAUACUAUGGCCCUGAUUUGCCAGUUUCAGCCGUUGCUGGACUGGAAGGAGAUGAAGCAGAAACAUUUGUGCCUAGAAAUUGUGUUAAGAAUUCAGUGCAUCCCACUGCCCACUGCUGGACUGCAACCUCAGAAAUAUACAUGGGCUGUAAAGAAGGAUAUGUUUUGGUAAUUGAUGCUGAGCAAUACAGUGUUUCUGUUCUUCAACAAAAAGCUCCACCUGAGUUCAUGCAGAAAAUAGCAGAUGUGGUGUCCUAUAUUCGCAGAGAAGUGCAGAAAAAGAAAGGUGGCAAACCAGGCAAUCUGCAACAAACAGCUUUACUUGCUAUGGCGUUCUGUAAUGAGGGACUGUAUGCAGCUGGACAUGAAGGCAUUUUAAUCUUUUAUCACAUCAAAGGUCUGCAGUAUGAGAUAAAAAUCUGUGCUGAAAUCUCACAGCCCAUAUCCAGCCUCAUAUUUUCUCCUGAUUACACCAGUCUGCUGCUUGUCACUGACCAGGGGACAGUCUAUAGUUACAGACCUGCCCAUAGUGGAGAAGCUGUCAAACUCUUGGACACAUCCAGCAGUUGUUUUCUAGCAGCUGAUUUUCUUACUCCAGGGAACAACUACUGUGUGUCUGUAACAAUUACAGGUGAAGUACAAAUUUGGUCCCUGGAAGAUGGAACUUUCCUCAGCAAGCUAAACCUUGGUAUUGAGGCAACUUCUAUGGCUUGCUGUCCCUCCUCCAACAGUGUUGCUGUAGGGACCCAAAUAGGUCAAAUUUGUUUCCUUGAUGUUACCAAAGCUGAAGAUCCACGGGUUGUUCACAGAACUUUUCUUUCCAAACUUCCAGUGCUGUCUUUGCAUUAUGAUCAGAGUGGCCAGUUCCUCAUUGCAAGAGCUACAGAAGGACACAUCUUUAUUCUAGAUGCUCGUCCAUCAAAAUUAUUCCAAGUUCUGGGAUAUAUAGUAGUGGCAGACGAAGUGCUCCAUCUUUCUGUGCUGUCUGACUUAAAGAACGACUUAGUUGAAGUGAUGGUACUUCUUAAUGUAGCAGAGGUCCAACAAGCAAGACUGGAAAUUUUUCAUUUGUCUUCAGCAAUCAUAACAGAUAAUGAUAAGUAUGUGAAUGAACAAGGAAUGUUUAAUGCUAGUGACCUGAAAAAAGAGCAAUAUGAUCUGGAUUGCCCUUUGAGCUCAGCAGUCAGACUGAAGGAUAACAUUGUAUAUGGCUACUGCACCUCUGCACCUUUCAUCUGUAAAUACCACCUCUCUGAAGAGAAUAAGUUGGAAGAUCCAUCAGUAUUUUCAUCAGAAAAAAAAAUUCCUAGCAAACAGUUUGGAUCAGGUUUGCUCUGUUUAUCACCCAGCAGCCAAUGGCUGGCAGCAGCAGCCAAGGAUGGUGUUUUGUUUAUCUACAAUACUUCUACUCUGGAUAUACUUGCUCAAAAGCAUUGUCAGUCAUAUCAAGGAGGGGGAAUCAGAUCCAUGGUAUUCUCCCUGGAUGGCAAGUUCAUCCUAGUUAACGGUGAAAAUGAUUGUGCCCUGGUGUGUCUGAAGUGGAAGGAGAUAAAGGAAACUGAAGUUGAGGAAGCUGCUCUUUACUGGCAAUCUCUGCUUAAUAUACUGAAGAAGUCUACUUCAAAUGAAAAUUCUCUUUUAAAAUCUAUGGCAGAAUGGAAGUUUGACCCAGAAUCCACAUCAAAAUCACUUCCAGUGACGGAAGAAGAUGGAAACAUCACAAAUACUGAUGACACGACAUGGAUGGGCCAGAAAAUACAGAAGGUUAUGAGAGAAGACACUUGGAGGUUUGCUAACCAGAAGGAAGAGCUGCAAAUGGGAAUGAAAAAGCUGCGUGAAACUGGACCAGUGCUGAAACUGCCAGGAGCUACUGUCUGCUUCUCAGUUUCCUUUGCUCCAGAUGGGCAGUUAAAAGUGCAGAUUCAGAAAAUGAUGCAUGAAAAUGAGCAGGUACCAGACAUUGAGAAACUCGAGUACUGGGAGUUCAACCUGGAUUUAGAAGAACAGGAACGAGUGCAAGCAGAGGCUGAAGAAGACGUGGCCAGGGCAAGAAGGGAGAUUGAGAUGGAGAAUUUAUUCCACUGCUAUUUGCAGGAUUUAAUCAAAUAUGAGUGCUGGGAUGUUAUGUGUGUAAAAGGACGUGCAGUUAAGUGCUUCCAUGUGGAUUGUCAAGUGAGUAAUUAUCCGCUGAAGGAACGUAGUAAAGAAGAGCUGGAAACUGUGAAGAAAGUUCUCCAGUUAAAGAAGACUGGGACAGCUGAUCUUAAGGCUCAGGAGACAAAUCUUGAGGUUGACUCUGAGACUGCUCUAUCUGAGGAAGAAGGAGAGAAGGCAGCAGAAGUGGAUGAUGAUGGUGCACCUCACUGCCUAAGUGGAAGCCUGAGCUCUCAGUACGGUGGGGACACAUCUGUCCUAUACCAUCAAUGUGACUUACACACCAAGGAGCAGAAACUCAAUCAGAUAAUAUUACUGAAGGACAUCAUUUACAAGGUGAAAACUGCUUUUAAUGAGGAAUUUGACGUAGUUGUACAAAAAAAGGAGCAGGAGAUAGCACGAGUGAAAGAAAGAAACCUGAAGAUCCAAGAAAUCUUGGAACAGCUUGAACUUCAAGAGGAAGUGUGGGAGCCAGUCCUUACAGAUGAUGAGAUGCCAGAGCGAGCGCUCACUGUUCAGGAUUCAGAGAUUAAAGCUGAGAAAUACAUGACUCAAGAGGAGAAGGAGCAAGCAGAAUUGUUGGCAAGGCUUGAAAUGGAAAGACGCCUUGCUGCUACGGACGAUGAAAGACUUCGUGCUCUUGAUGACAUGAUGGGUGGAGUGCUGGAAAUCAGGAGGGAAGACAUUUUGAAAAUGGAUAUUCCUCCACCUUCUUUUAUAUCCAGACCUGAGGAUCUUUGGACUGAAGAAGAAAAGAAAAUAUUUGAAGAAUAUGAGAAAAAUGUCAAGGAACUGAAUGAAGAAAAAGAAGACUAUAGACAGUUUCUGAGAAAUGAAUGGAACAAACUUGAAGCUUCCAUCAAGGAAACAACACAAAAUUUUGAUGAGAUUGUCCGCAAACUCUUUGAAAAGAAAGUGAAAUCAGAGAUGGUCGUCUACCAGGAAGAACUCAAGAUAGCCUGUCUCAUUUACACUUUACUGUUGGAUGAAGAGUUGGACACCAGAGAAGCUGGACUUCAUAAAUUCCUUACAAAAAAGAAGAAAGAAAAAGUCAAGGGUGCAAGGAAAGUCCUGACUACAAGAUAUGGUGUUGAGGCUUGCAAAGGGCCUUAUAAAGACGCAUUACAUGAAGAGAAGAUACUGGAACAUGGUUUUAUGAAGCAGUUUCCUGAUGUACCAUCCAAUCUCCUUGAGGAACUUUUUCAGCUUUACGAACAUCGACCAGAGACCCCAAGGACAGAAACUCUCCUUAACACAGCUAACCCGUAUGUGACGGGAUCUCCUGAGGAUUACCAAGGUGCACUUUCCCUUUUAAUGAAAGCUAUGGAUGAACUGGAUAGUCCUGAGCACAGGCCUAGUGGCUUAGACCAGUCUGUGUGGGAACGUUUUUGUCUAGCUAGACGAAAUAAAAGGAAGACUGAGGAGCUGGUGAAAUGGAAGUCCCUAGCACUGUCAGAAAUGCAGGCCUGUCUCCAGAGAAGAGUGGAUGAAAAUGAGAAGAUGAGGUCAGAAUUAGAGAACACUUUCCAAGAGCUCACUUGGCUGAAGGAGGAGAAGAUGAAGCUUCAGCAGAAUUUGACUGUCCAGUUUUUGCUAAAACAAGGACAGGUGGAAUUGGAAAGUACUCGGAUUCCAGAUUACAGUGAUGCUAUUCUCAUUGAUAGGAGUGUUGUUGAAGAACUGAAUUGCUCUAUUGCGGCUCAAGGAGAAAAAAAAAUUACUGCCAUGGUAGAAUUUAAAGACUUCUCUAAAGGGAUAAUACAGCUUGAAUGGGAACACAAGAAAAUGAAAAUGCAGAUACAAGAUCUGAAAGAGAAGGCUCGGGAUAUUGUAAUACUACCUAUUUCAAAAGAUUGCCAGCUUUUCUUAACGGCGCAUAACUACGACACCCACAUCACUCAGCACUUAGCAGGGAUGGAGGAGAGCCUUGGUGUCAUGGAUAAGUUGCACAAGAAGAAUGUGAAAAGCCAUCAGAAAAAAGUCAGAGAGCUGAAGAAGUACAUCCGUCUAAAAGAGCAAGCCAACUACGAGCUCAGCCUGCAGCUGAAGGAAAUGCUUGUCUCUGUGUCAGAAAGGAUGCACAUCUUCAAGGCAGCUGACACACGCGAUAUUUCUGAAAAGAAGACAAGGCAGCGUUACCAAGAGAUUUUGAAGCAGAAAUAUCUACGGAACCUUAUAAGGGAACAGGAAAAACAGCUUGAAAUUCUGCAGUCAGAAGUUGAAAGCUGGGAACCAAUAACACCCCAUAUUACUUACAAAUCAGAGGCUAGGUAGAUGAAUACCACGGUCUUAUCUAAGGAAAAAAGCUUUGACAGCUGAUUCUUCUCCCUGAACUUUUCUUUCCACAAAUUGUUUCUUCUGUGAUUCCUUUAAAAAAACUGUCAUUUGAAAGAUGCAUGGUUGUCUAAUUUGUAUUCUUUACACCUGGUCUUAAUCCCAUUAUAUUUCAGUUCAUGAGAUCUAUUUCUACUUGUUUUAUUAUAUAAACAAUAUAGCUCAUUACAGAAAACAAAGGAUACAAUUUCUUGUAGACUGAUAGAAGAACAGGUAUAUUUGUAUGUCCAUUGUUUGCAAUACGCAAUUGUAGAACUUUUUAAAGGUAAAGAAAUCUAUGGAUGGGCAUCUGCUACAAUUCAUGUCUGUUGAUUUGACAUAAUAAUUUAUCCUUGUGGUGGCACAGGUGUAGGUUUAGGAGCAGAUGUAAGGACGCUUUGUCUUGACAUGGGACCUGGCCCUGUCCCAAAGGCAGCUGUGCCUUUUCAUGGUAUAAUCACCCACAGCCAGCAGGAGCUAUGGCAGCUGCCACAGGCAGAAUCACAGGAAAAACAGGUUUGGAAGCAUCUGGCCUCCUGAAAUAGUUGGUGGCAUCUCUCACCCCUUUACACUGAGAUGCAUGUAUUCUCCUAAUAGCUCCCUCCACAACAGCUAA